AUGGCGAAAACAAAGAAAAACAAACACAAAUCUCGAAUCCAAGAAAGAAAGUCGAGACGUAUAAUAGGUUCUAGAAUGUACAAAAAUUACUCCGAAGAAAUGCUGAAAAUAGCAUGCGAAGUAGUUGAUUCAAAAAAAAUUACUUCCAGAGAUGCUGAACGACAAUUUGGUAUUCCAAGACGAACGAUAAUGAACAAAAUAAAAAAAAAACAUAUAAAGUCUGUUGGACAUCCUACCGUUUUAACUGCUGAAGAAGAGAAAAAUAUUUUAAGAGUUUUACAAGUUUCUGCGGAGUAUGGAUCUCCGCUUACUAAAGUGGACCUAAAGCUAUUAGUUCACGAUUAUAUGAAAAAAAAUUCUCAAGACCACAAAUUUAAGAAUAAAAUUCCCGGUGAUGCAUGGGUCCAAGGCUUUUUGGCAAGGCAUAGUGAUGAAUUAACCUUGAGAACUACUCAAAAUAUUUCAAAGGCAAGAGCUGCAAAAGGAGCUCAAGAAAUAUCAGAAUAUUUUGAAAAUUUAAGCACAACGUUAAAACACAUACCAGCAGAAAAUAUAAUCAAUUUCGAUGAAACAAACCUGUCGGACGAUCCAGGUUCUUCCAAGUGCAUUUUUCGGAGGGGAGUAAAGUAUCCGGAAAGAACUGUCAAUUCCACCAAAGGAAACAUAUCUCUUAUGUUUACCGCCACCGCGAGCGGUAAAUGUUUGCCUUUGUAUGUUGUCUACAAAGCAAUAAACCUGUACAGCGAAUGGACCAGUGGAGGGCCGCCAGGAACCAGGUACAAUUGUACGAAAUCAGGGUGGUUUGACAGCGCCAUGUUUGAAGAUUAUUUUGAAAAAAUAAUACUUCCAUGGGCGCAAGAGACACCUGGUACUAAAGUAGUAAUUUGUGAUAACCUGUCAAGUCAUUUAAACGUUAAAGUUGUGGAGAUGUGUGAGCAAAAUAGAAUCAACUUGGUAUUUAUCCCUCCGAGAUCAACACACCUCACCCAGCCCCUUGAUGUGGCAUUUUUUGCGCCUUUGAAAAAAGCCUGGCGUAAAAUUUUAUAUCAAUACAAGCUUAGGAACCCAAACCAAAUAACAUUAAACAAAAAACACUUUCCUAAAUUGCUUAAUGAGUUAAUUGAAUCCAUUAAACUGAAGGAGGCAAAGAACUUAAAAAGUGGAUUUAAAGCAUCAGGAAUAUAUCCAAUUAAUCCACGAGAAGUUCUAAAAAAGAUACCAGACAUGCAAGAAGAAAUAUUAUCAUAUGGAAUAGAUCAAACACUGAUCGAUUACUUGAAGGAAACGAGAGCAUCAAAGCCAAUGCAAGUAAAAAGAAAUAAAAAAAUUCAUUGCGAGCCGGGAAAAUCUGUGUCUGUUUCUGAUUUCAAUAUUGAGUUUAGCAAAGAUGCACUCAUAAGUAGCACGAAACAGAAAAUUAAACCAAAAAAGAAAUUCUCUGGCGUGGCAAAAGUGAAUAGAAAAAACGAGACAGCCGUGGUUUUGGAUGAACAAACUGGCAUGUUUAUUGAAACUGAUCCAAAUAAUGAUAUAACAAAAAGGUGUGAAGGCUUCUAUUUGGAAAACAAUUUUAGUAAUUCUGAUAAUCAGCAUAGUUUCACUCCUGAGAGUCUCAGCAAAAUUUGUAUAAAUUUGAUUAAUUUUAAUUUAGGUAAAUCAAAACCAAAAGUAACAACAUCGUCGCAAAAUUAUUCAUUCUUGAAAGCUUCCUCCAGUAUCAGCAAUAAAUACUCUCAAAGAUCCUUGAAAAAUGGUCAUAAUAAAAUAAAUAUACUAUCCAAUGUGAUCAUUAAACCAGCAACGCAAACAUCAGAUGUCCGUACUUUAAAUGAAAUUUCGAAUAAAAUUGAAAAUAUUUCGUUUACGGCCACACUUAAAAGUGAAUUACCAGAAUGCCUGCAAGAGAAUAAAAAUGUAAGAAUAAGGAAGAAAGUUAAUAGAAAAGACAAUGUAAAAAAGAAUUCAAAAACAAAAAAAACAGCUAGAAACUGUACUUCAGUAAAAAAAAGAAGGAAGAAUCAAUCAUAUAGUGACUCAAGCUCGAUAUCAACGGAUACUGAAGUAGUUACAAUCGACACAGAUAAUUCAGACUAUGAAACAGUGCAGGAUUAUUACAUAGCCGAAUGUUUAAGGGAACAAGAAGAAGAAAAAGAAAAUUUUGAAUUAGAUUAUGUCCCAUUUGGUCUACAUGAUAUUGAAUACUGCACUGAAAACCAAAAGAUAUUAAAAGAAAGUGAUUGGAUUAUAGCUCGGUUCAGUACAAAAAAGAGUAUUAAACAUUUUGUUGGUAAGGUUUUACAUGAUAAUGAUUCAAAACUUACAGUUAAGUUUGUUCGAAAAGUUAAAGAAUCUACAUUUAUAAAGGGAACCACUUUUACAUAUCCAAUAAUUGAUGACAUUUGCACCAUCCAACAUUUAGAUGAUAUUAUCACAGUAUUGCCUGAGCCCGAAAUAACUCGGCGUGGCCAUAUCAUAUUUUAUUUCGAUUUUAGUAAUUAUAACAUACAA